CUUCAACGUCACAUUACAGAAAUGAAACUGCAUGUUUGUCAGAGAGCUGCAGUCGAGACAAGUCUCUGUGUUUCUGUCUAAAGAAAUAUUAAACUGAGUUCAUCAGGUCUUUCUCAACAACAACAGACUCAAAUACUGUGUGUAGACAUGGCUGCUGCCAGCAAUCUGCAAUCUGAAGAUCAGUUUCUGUGCUCCAUCUGUCUGGAUGUGUUCACUGAUCCAGUCACUAUACCAUGUGGACACAACUUCUGCAAAAACUGCAUCAAUAAACACUGGAAUAGUAGUGACAGGUGCCAGUGUCCCAUGUGUAAAGAGGCUUUUACCACAAGACCUGAUUUGAGGGUCAACACCUUCAUCUCUGAAAUGGUUGUUCAAGUUAGACAGUCAUCUCAACAGAAAACCAGCAGCAGCAGCUCACAGAAACGAUGUGCCAAACCAGGAGAAGUUCCCUGUGACGUCUGCACAGGAACCAAACUGAAGGCCUUGAAGUCCUGCCUGGUGUGUCUGGCCUCCUACUGUGAGACUCACCUGGAGCCUCAUCUGACAGCUUCACGUCUGAAAAAACAUCAACUGAUCGACCCUGUGGAGAACCUGGAAGACAGGAUGUGUAUGAAGCACGAUAAACCUCUGGAGCUGUUCUGUAAGACCGACCAGACAUGUGUCUGCAUGCUCUGCCUUGUUUUAGACCACAAGACACAUGAUAUUGUUCCUCUGAAAGAAGAAUAUGAAGGAAAGAAGGCCGAGCUGGGGAAGACAGAGGCUGAAAUCCAGCAGAUGAUCCAGAAGAGACAACUGAAGAUUCAGGAGAUCAAACACUCAGUCGACCUCAGUGAGGAAGAUGCAGACAGAGAGAUAGCAGAAGGUGUUCAGGUCUUCACUGCUCUGAAGGAGUCUGUUGAGAGAGGCCAGGCCAAUCUCAUCGACACGAUCAAAGAGAAGCAGAAAACAACAGAAAAACAGGCCGAAGCUUUCAUCCAAGAGCUGGAACAGGAAAUCUCUGAGCUGAUGAAGAGAUGGACUGAGAUCGAGCAGCUCUCGCGCUCUGAAGACCAACUCCAUCUUCUCCAGAGUGUCCAGUCCCUGAAAGCUGCUCCACCCACCAAGGACUGGACAGAGGUCAGCGUCCGUCCAUCAUAUGAGAGGACUGUGAGGAGAGCUGUGGCUCAGCUGGAGGAGACACUCAGUAAAGAGAUGAAGAAGCUGCUUGCUGAGUCAGAGCUGAAGAGGGUCCCGCAGUAUGCAGUGGAUGUGACUCUUGAUCCUGAUACAGCACAUCCCCGUCUCUUCUUGUCUGAUGAUGGGAAACAAGCGAAUGGUAGUGAUGUGGAGAUGAAUCUCCCAGACAACCCAGAGAGAUUUUCUGAUUGUUUAUGUGUUUUAGGAAAGCAGAGUUUCUCUUCAGGCAGAUUUUACUUUGAGGUUCAAGUUAUAGGAAAGACUGAAUGGGACUUUGGAGUGACCAGAGAGUCGAUCAACAGGAAGGGACGCAUCAGACUGAACCCUCAGAAUGGUUACUGGACUAUAUGUUUGAGAAAUGGAAAUGAGUACAAAGCUGCUACUAGCCCUCCAGUCAGUCUCUCUCUGAAGUCUCGGCCUCAGAAGGUGGGGGUGUAUGUGAAUUAUGAGGAGUGUCUGGUCUCCUUUUAUGAUGUAGGUGCUGCAGCUCUUAUCUACUCCUUUACUGGCUGCUGCUUCACUGAGAAACUCUUCCCAUACUUCGGCCCCUGUAAUAAUAAAGGUGAUAAUAACUCUGCCCCUCUGAUCAUCUCUCCUGUCAGUCAAGCUGAGUAGUGUAAUGGCAAUUUUCAUAUCUGCAGUCUAACACUGUACCUUUAGAUAAUCUCAGGGCCUCACAUGUUCAACUUUGUCACCAUAAGACAGUGACCCGACGGUUUUGCCUUCUGUGACUAUAAACAACAGAUUGCUGAAAUACUUGUUAUGUCUUGUGAUGCUCUGUUGUCUGCUGUGUGCUGACGCAUUGAUACA